ACCAAGACGCUCACACAAAAAGCACACUCUCCACCUUAUCUUUCUCUCUCUAGCUUUUUGGGGUUUUUAUCUAGUUUCUCUCUCUAGAAAGAAAUUCGGCAAACCUAAAAUAAUUAGGGUUUCUGCGGGUUACGCACUCAAAAUCGCAUCACUUUUGUUCGAUUUUUCUCGAAAAAGAUUUGAUCUUUGAGCUGGGGUUUCGAUCAAGAACAUUCAUACAAGUGAUUUUCCAGGGGAUCUUCGGACUCAAGUGAUUCAUGCUUCGAUCUGAAUCUUUCGGCAUAUACAUACAAGGUUAACAUGGAGAAGAACAGUAUAGCGGAUGGAAAAAACAAUCACCCUGGGAGUAUUGUGACACAUGGAUCUAGAUCAGCAGCAUCACAUGUGAAGAUUGAUUCGAUUUCUAUCGAGCUAGGGAAGGCUAUGGAUAAGAAAGUCACGGAAAGAUGUCACCAUUUUUCUAUACGCCGAUAUGUUGCUGAGAUGAGAGAGAAAGAUAUUAGAAAAUGUGCGCCAUUUGGUCAUGACGAUGAUGAUGAAACAAAGUUAAGGGGGCAACUUGUUCCCUUAAAUGUUCCAGAAUUUAGAUGGUGGCAGUGCGAAAGCUGUGUACAGAAUAUUAGUGUUGCUAGCGCUUUAGAAAGUCAAAACAUUGCUGAGAAAGCAUCUGGCAGUUUAAUAAGAGGCCAUGGAAAUAGUGUGAAAGAUGUUUCUAGUCUGGCAAUUGGUAAACAAACUUCAUGCCUCGGGACAUGUCCUCCAUGCCAAAUUCCAGAAAGACAUACAGAUGGCACAGUUGGUGAGAAAUUAACAGAGAAGGAUUUAACUGAUGUCUGUGUUCCAGAACCUGGUGGUGAUGUGGUUGCAAGUGAUGUUCUUGCAAUAGACUACCCAAGUCAAAAAAGCAGCAGUUCUGGGGACAUGUGUCCUGCAGAGAGAACUGAUGCCCUUAACAAUGGUAAAAGUACUUUAGUAGUAGCUAAUGAGGUUACCAACAAAGAUGGGGAUAUGGACAUUAGUAGAAGUGCUAAGGAGGCAGGACCUGUAGAGCAACCUUCCAUUGAACUUAAGACAAAACAGGUUGUAUCAAAAACUACAGCUAGUUGUCCACGCCGGAGGAAAAAGGUGCGCUUGAUUGCUGAACUUCUUAAUGGAAAUGUUGAGGAAAGAAGUGAACAGAGAAUUUCUAACAAAGCAAUUCCCAAAGAAGUUGCUCCUCCAGCUUCUAAAAAAGCAAUUCCCAAAGAAGUUGCUCCUCCAGCCUUUAAAAAAGCAAUUCCCAAAGAAGUUGCUCCUCCAGCUUCUAAAAAAGCAAUUCCCAAAGAAGUUGCUCCUCCAGCUUCUAAAAAAGCAAUUCCCAAAGAAGUUGCUCCUCCAGCUUCUAAAAAAGCAAUUCCCAAAGAAGUUGCUCCUCCAGCUUCUAAAAAAGCAAUUCCCAAAGAAGUUGCUCCUCCAGCUUGGACUUCUGGUCAGCGGAAAAGGAAGAUAACUCAGGAGCCCUCUAGAGGGACAAAACCUCCUAGUAGAGAGGCCAAAAAGGCUCGAAAAUAUACGGGAGAUGCAAAGACCACAAUUGCUACGAUCCAUAUAUCUGAUUCGGAUUCAGAAGAAGACGGCGCAUCUGCAGGAUCAGGCUACAGAAAUCAUAUGCCUCUGCAGCAAACUGAGAACAGGCCGAGUUCUUCUAAAUUGAAUUCCUGCAAGAGCAUGCCGAGAGAAGAUUUUAAGGAUGAUAUUGGGCUUGAACUGUCACUAAAUAGUUAUAUGGAUGUUGACAAGAUUCAUACAACUGCCCCGCAGCAGAAGACCGUGCUCAGUAAUGAUCUUUGGAGGACAGAAGGCAAUUGUAUCGGCCAAUUAUCUGCUCCGAACCUUUCCUUAAAUGAAGAAGUGAACAUGACUGGAAAAAAUGCUUAUAGCUCAGAUAUGAUGCAUGAAGGAGAAAACAGUCUUUCUCUCCACAAAAAGUUGGAUCUAUCACUUGGGUGCAAAAAUAAGAAAACCAAUGUACCUGAAAGAUUUUCAGAGGUCAGCCGGAGAAAGACUGCUCAGGGAUCUAAAAAAGUGCUUGAGCAGGGAAACAACGAUGAUGUACCAAUGGACAUUGUUGAACUUAUGGCAAAGCAUCAAUAUGAGAGAGGUCUUUUUAAAAAUGAAAGAAACUCUUUCCUUGCGAAAAGAUUUGAUGAGAGAAAUAAUGCGGUGAUGGGAUUUUCAGCUGGACAUGGGAUUGAAGUGAGGUCAAUGCAGAAGGAACACAACAAAUGGAAUCCCGUCUUAUCUCAAAAUAAGAACAAUCAAUUAGUUGCUGGUAACGGAGAUGGAAGUCAUGUAUUCAAAAAGUUAGGUACCCAAAAUUCUGCUUCUAGAACCUUAAUAGGCAAUGACACUCGGACUCGUCUUUGGAAUGGUGAUAAGUUGGUGCACAGACCAUCACUGACAGAUCCCGAGGUAUUUGAUACAUACAACAAAGCUCAUGAUGGUCCACAACCUAAAGGGAUGAAAGGAAAAAAUGGGGCCUCUGGUUCAUCAGGUCUUGUGAAUUCGAAGCCGCACUUUCCUGAAAGAAUGGCAAGUCAGCUGAGUCAUCGGCCUACUUCUGUACCAUCUCUUGACUUCCGUAAGGGGAAGAGAAUUUGGGAUCUUGAUCUAAACCGUGCAGAUCCAGAUGAUUCAGAUCUUGGAGUGUUGCUUCCAUGUCCUUUUGUAGGCAAUAAUAAAGCUAACCAAAAGGAAAUGGAGUCAGCACCCUCUUAUUCUAAUGAAGCUAAGACAGCAAUGCAAUUGCUCAGUCUCAUGGAUGCAGGAAUGCAAUCACGCUCUCCAUUCAGUGUUGAUAGGAAAAAAGUGACUGAUCAGCCUUUGAUUCCUUUUAAUAACCAUCGUGACCUCAGUAUGGAUCAAAGAGCGAAUUUAAUUGAAAAACCAUUUUUUCCUCAAAAUCAACUGCUGAAGGUAUACUCUGGGUCAGAGACUGCUGCUUUUAAGUCCAGUCCUGGUGCAGGACCCAGUUUAUCUACUACUGGAAAAAAUCCCCUCCAAGACAAGCAAAUAGGUAUUUUAGGCGCCUCUGCUGAAUUUGCAUUUCCUAUUCAACCUAAUGCACUAAAAGUUACAGAGAAUCAAAAAAAUAUGAGGUCCUGUCAUAUUCAUGGAGCAAUUGUUUCUUUGAAAGACAUUUCCAUGGAAGAAGUUUGCAUUGUUAGCAAGAACCCUGCGGAAUUCACUGUUCCAGAACCCGGAAACUUUUACAUGAUUGACAGCGAAGAUCUGAAGUUCAGCAAGGACUUCUCUAGUAGGUACCGUGGCUUUGAUGGACAAAGGAGACUUUAGUUAACAAAUUUAACAGCUCCAAAAAGACAGGAUGUGGGUCAGAUGUCAACUGUGUUUUCUCGACUGGAGGAACUGCCAUUGUUUUCAAGACUCGUGCGGUGACUGUCUUUUUUCUAUUGGGAUAUAUCUGUUUAAUAUCAAGCAAUGUAAAUUUUAUGAUAUUGUCAUAGGGAGAAACUUUACAUGGAUACUCAGACACCAAGGGCUUCCAACUCUGCUGAGAAGAAAACUUUGUUCAUUUGGCUGCUGCUUUGUCCAAGUAGAGCUGACAUCUGGCUUGGUAAAUGUCAUCUAUACCGGAACUUGAGCCAGUUAAUAAAAAGCGGAGCUUGUAUGUUCUUGUACUUGAUGUUUAUUACAAUUUACAAAUGUAUUGCAGUCUAGAAAAUCAUACAAAAACUCCAGCCCUCGUCUUUUGAACUAUCUCGUUUACAUCCAAUGCCUGCGACUAAUGCAGACCUUAAGUUUGCUUUUAAGUGUUUGUUUGAGGAGCCUAAUAAUGAAAUUUUUUUUGUUAA